CCACCCCUCUUUUCAGCUACAGCUCUGCUCUUCCUGAGCUUACUCUGUUGUUAGCGUUCGCGUUGACUGGCCAGAGUCCGCGAGCUGAGCACCCUCUGCUUCUCUCUGCCUGUUUUUACCCCCUCUCUCCCAUCUCUGCAGCCCCAUUCAUCUACGUCCUACCCUCUGGCCCACAAGCCCCUGGUUCCUCUCCCCACUUCCUGAUCUGAUUCUGACAUCUGAUUGGCCAUGGCAUACCAUAGCUUCCUUCUGGAACCAAUUAGCUGUCAUGCAUGGAACAAAGAUCGGACCCAGAUUGCCCUGUGCCCCAAUAACCAUGAGGUCCACGUCUUUAAGAAAGAUGGGACCAAGUGGACCAAAAUCCAUGAGCUGAAGGAGCACAACGGUCAGGUAACAGGCAUUGACUGGGCUCCGGACAGUAACCGCAUUGUCACUUGCGGAGCUGACCGCAAUGCUUACGUGUGGACCCUGAAAGAGGGAACAUGGAAGCCCACCUUGGUCAUCCUGAGGAUCAACCGGGCCGCUCGCUGUGUGAAGUGGUCACCAAAGGAGAACAAGUUUGCCGUUGGCAGCGGCUCUCGGCUCAUCUCCAUCUGCUACUUUGAACAGGAAAAUGACUGGUGGGUGUGCAAGCACAUCAAGAAGCCGAUCCGUUCUACAAUCCUGAGUUUGGACUGGCAUCCUAAUAACGUCCUGUUGGCUGCUGGAUCCUGUGACUUCAAAUGCAGGGUGUUCUCAGCUUACAUCAAAGAAGUGGAGGAGAAGCCUGGCCCGACUCCUUGGGGCAGCAAGAUGCCGUUUGGGGAGGUUCUGUUUGAGUCUGGAGGUUCUGAAGCUGGAGCUCCGACAUCAGGAGGAGGUGGCGGCUGGGUGCACAGCGUGUGCUUUUCGCACUCUGGCAACCGUUUGGCCUGGACGUCCCAUGACUCCACAGUGUCUGUGGCUGACGGAGGGAAGACGGGCACGGUGGCCAGUCUGAGCUCUGUGACUCUUCCACUCCUGUGUGUUACCUUCAUCACCGAGAACAGCUUAGUUGCAGCUGGUCAUGACUGUUACCCGGUGCUCUUUGUGUAUGAUGGUGCCAAAGCCAGCCUGACAUUUGGUGGCAAGUUGGAUGUUCCCAAGCAGGCAGCCUCAAAGGGCAUCAGUGCCAGGGAACGUUUCCAGAACCUGGACCGUCGAGCUUCUGAGACCCAAAGCACAGAGACGGAUCUCAACACUCUCCAUAAGAACAGCAUCAGCCAAAUCUUGGUGCUGGAGGGAGGAAGAAACCAGUGCACCAAGUUCUGCACCACUGGCAUGGAUGGAGGGAUGGGCAUCUGGGAUGUCAAGAGUCUGGAGUCUGCUAUGAAGGAUUUGAAGAUAGUGUGAGUUGAACUAUACAUCUCCCCACCAAAGCUCCUGGAGACAUGAAGAAAUCUGCUUCUGCAUUACAAAAAGCUUUUUUGGCUGUAUUUUAAUCAAGUAUUUCUUUAUACAUGUAGUGAAACAAUCAGCUCUGUUCAGUGUCUGUGCCUCUGGGGCUUUUUGCUGGCUCAUUUGAUUUGUUGCUGUAUAAGAGGCCUGACCUCAGGUCUCUCAAAUGGUACCUAAUGAGUUCAAUUAGUAUUUUUAAAAGAGCUCAGUGUGAGCUGAAUGCUUAAAGCAGAUUUUAGAUGUAUUAACCACAGAAAAAGGCUGCAGUGCCAAUAUUAAAAGCUUAUGCUGGUCAUAACAUGCAUUUAAUAAAUGAUUGCUGCUGAAGUGCUAAA